AUGAUAGAGCAACGAGAAGCAAUCUGCUGGGCUAUCGUUUUGGCUAGAUUAAUUGAAGCUGCGCACAACAUUUUUGUUGUAAAGCCCGUAUCAUUCAUUCAAAUUUCUAUUGAAGACCUGGUUAGCAAAAUCAAAACAAAAGAAGAUGACAAGGAAAUUACCAAUUUGAAAAGAGUUUUCAAAGUCAUAAACGAUCCUGGGAUCAAGAAAGUGCCCUCCACACCCCAUGCUAAUCCUGAUAAGACAAAGACAGUGUCUUGGAAUUUCGGUAGUAAGGAAGCUGCAAGUAUGAAUUUUAUCUCAGCACAGCUUGAGACUUCUCCGGUUGGAAUUAUAAUUGACGUGGAUGAUGAGUUCAGGGCACUCAAAAACGGAUUAUACAGAAUUAGAAAUGUUGUUGGUUCAGAAAACAGACAUGCGUUGAUUGUAAUGGCACGUGGACGCACUGAAGAUGGCCAAGACUUCUUAAUUGUUCAAAAUUCGUGGAAGAAGUCAUGGGGCGUCAAUGGGUCCGAUGACAUGCGUUGCUUAGCAUUCUAUCCUCUUAUGUAG